GGGUCCGGAGGAGGAGGACAUUGAUGUGCUCGGUGUGUGGCCGGUGGUGAAGAGAUGGCUGUUCCUGUCCCGUGGGCCUGCUGUGCUGUGCUUGCUGCCGCUACGGCCGUUGUCUACACCCAGAGACACAGUCCUCAGGAGGCACCCCACGUGCAGUACGAGCGCCUGGGCUCGGACGUGACUCUGCCAUGUGGGACAGCCAACUGGGACGCAGCUGUGAUGUGGCAGGUAAACGGGACAGACCUGGCCCCUGACCUGCUCAAUGGCUCUCAGCUCGUGCUCCGGGGCCUGGAACUGGGCCACAGCGGCCUCUAUGCCUGCUUCCACCGUGACUCCUGGCACCCGCGCCACCAAGUCCUUCUGCAUGUGGGCUUGCCGCCACGGGAGCCCGUGCUCAGCUGCCGCUCCAACACUUACCCCAAGGGCUUCUACUGCAGCUGGCAUCUGCCCGUCCCCACCUACAUCCCCAACACCUUCAAUGUGACUGUGAUGCACGGCUCCAAAAUCAUGGUCUGUGAGAAGGACCCAGCCCUCAAGAACCGCUGCCACAUCCGCUACAUGCACCUGUUCUCCACCAUCAAGUACAAGGUCUCCAUAAGUGUCAGCAACGCCCUGGGCCACAACGCCACAGCCAUCACCUUUGACGAGUUCACCAUUGUGAAGCCGGAUCCUCCAGAAAACGUGGUAGCCCGGCCGGUGCCCAGCAACCCUCGCCGGCUAGAGGUGACAUGGCAGACCCCCUCAACCUGGCCCGACCCUGAGUCCUUUCCUCUCAAGUUCUUUCUGCGCUACCGACCCCUCAUCCAGGACCAGUGGCAGCAUGUGGAGCUGUCGGAUGGCACAGCACACACCAUCACGGAUGCCUACGCUGGGAAGGAGUACAUCAUCCAGGUGGCAGCCAAGGACAAUGAGAUCGGGACAUGGAGCGACUGGAGCGUGGCGGCCCAUGCCACACCCUGGACCGAGGAGCCACGACACCUCACCACGGAGGCCCAGGCUCCCGAGACCACGACCAGCACCACCAGCUCACUGGCACCCCCGCCCACCACGAAGAUCUGUGACACCGGGGAGCUGGGCAGCAGCGGAGGACCCUCUGCACCCUUCGGGACCAGUGUCCCUGUCACUCUGGCCCUGGCGGCCGCUGCUGCCAUCGCCAGCAGUCUCCUGAUCUGAGCCCGGCACCCUGUGAGGACACGCCAGCGCACCUGCAGAGGAGCAGGAGGCCGGAGCUGAGCCCGCAGACCCCGG